GCCGCACACGCAGCCCCGCCCAUGCAGAGCUGAGCGCCUGGACGGAACUGAGCUCUCUCUCCUGUUGGGAAUGUGAGGCUCUCGGAUCAGUCGUGCUCUGCGUUCAUCCCGAUCUUCCUUGUCUGCCGCUGCCACCGCCGCCGCCGCCGCCGCCGCCGCCGCCGCCGCCGCCAGCACCGUCUGCCCUCAGUCUGCGCGCACGCGGAGGCCGGGCAGCCGGGUCCGAGAGGCGCGCGCCCGCGUGGUCGCCGCCCCUCGGAAGCCUCCGGAGCCGCACACGGGUUCGCUACGGAGGGAGGCGGAGGCCUGCGGGAGGAGGCGGAGGAGGAGCGAGGGAAGAUGGCGGCCGUGGAGCUCGAGUGGAUCCCGGAGACGCUCUACAACACCGCCAUCUCCGCUGUCGUGGACAACUACAUCCGCUCGCGCCGCGACAUCCGCUCCUUGCCGGAGAAUAUCCAGUUUGACGUUUACUACAAGCUUUACCAACAGGGACGCUUAUGUCAACUUGGCAGUGAAUUCUGUGAAUUGGAAGUUUUUGCUAAAGUUUUGAGAGCUUUGGAUAAAAGACAUUUGCUCCACCACUGUUUUCAGGCUCUGAUGGACCAUGGCGUUAAGGUUGCUUCUGUCUUGGCUUACUCCUUCAGUAGACGGUGCUCUUACAUAGCAGAGUCAGACGCUGCGGUAAAGGAGAAGGCCAUCCAGGUUGGCUUUGUCUUAGGUGGCUUUCUUUCCGAUGCAGGCUGGUACAGUGAUGCUGAGAAGGUCUUUCUGUCCUGCCUUCAGCUGUGCACGCUACAUGAUGAGAUGCUCCACUGGUUUCGAGCAGUGGAGUGCUGUGUGAGGUUGCUUCAUGUGCGAAAUGGAAAUUGUAAAUAUCAUCUAGGGGAAGAAACCUUUAAAUUAGCUCAGACGUACAUGGAUAAGCUCUCUAAACAUGGCCAGCAAGCAAAUAGAGCCGCUCUCUACGGAGAACUAUGUGCACUCCUGUUUGCGAAAAGCCACUAUGAUGAGGCAUACAAGUGGUGCGUUGAGGCAAUGAAGGAGAUCACAGCAGGCUUACCAGUCAAAGUUGUGGUGGAUGUUUUAAGACAAGCUUCUAAGGCUUGUGUAGUCAAACGUGAGUUUAAGAAGGCAGAACAGUUAAUUAAACAUGCAGUGUAUUUGGCACGAGAUCAUUUUGGAUCCAAACACCCAAAAUACUCUGACACCCUGCUAGAUUACGGGUUCUACUUACUCAAUGUAGACAAUAUCUGCCAGUCUGUUGCAAUCUACCAGGCAGCCCUCGACAUUCGACAGUCAGUGUUUGGUGGCAAAAAUAUUCACGUAGCGACGGCUCAUGAAGACCUGGCUUACUCUUCGUAUGUUCACCAGUACAGCUCUGGAAAAUUCGACAAUGCGCUAUUUCAUGCAGAAAGAGCCAUUGGUAUCAUUACCCACAUCCUACCUGAAGAUCAUCUUCUUUUGGCUUCUUCAAAGAGGGUGAAAGCACUUAUUUUAGAGGAGAUUGCAAUUGACUGUCAUAACAAGGAGACGGAGCAGAGGCUGCUUCAGGAAGCACAUGACUUGCAUUUGUCCUCACUGCAGCUAGCUAAGAAAGCAUUCGGAGAAUUUAAUGUACAGACCGCAAAACACUAUGGUAACCUUGGAAGACUUUAUCAGUCAAUGAGAAAAUUUAAGGAAGCUGAAGAAAUGCACAUAAAAGCAAUUCAGAUUAAGGAGCAGCUCCUUGGUCAAGAAGAUUAUGAAGUGGCCCUUUCGGUGGGACACCUGGCAUCUCUGUAUAAUUAUGACAUGAAUCAGUAUGAAAAUGCUGAGAAACUAUACCUGCGGUCGAUAGCGAUUGGGAAGAAACUGUUUGGUGAAGGCUACAGUGGACUAGAAUAUGAUUACCGAGGCCUCAUUAAACUUUACAACUCCAUUGGGAAUUAUGAGAAAGUGUUCGAGUAUCACAACGUUCUGUCUAACUGGAACCGGCUUCGAGAUCGACAGUAUUCAGUAACCGACGCCCUUGAAGACGUCAACAGCAGCCCGCAGUCCACUGAAGAAGUGGUGCAGUCCUUCCUGAUGUCUCAGAACCUUGAGGGACCAAGCUGCUGAGGGACAGCCUCAGCUAACAAUGACCUUUUCCCAGAUUCCGGGGAAUUCAUACUGUGAAAUCAAAACCAUGUUGUUUUUAGGGCUGGCGUUUGCAUUGACACACUGGUCCAGUCCACCGAAGACCCUGUUCGGGUAGUCCUGUAUUGCAGUUCCUGUAGAAUAAGCAUAUAUUGAGUUAUAUCAGCAUGUGCCGCGUGUAUAAGUAGUCCCACAUUCUCACCCUAGUAGAACAACAGGAAACCGUUUUUUUUUUCUUUUUAAAAAAUAAUUCGUUUUUCAGAAAGUCUGAAAGAAAAAAAAAAGAACCCCUAAAUAAAACUAUUUAAGAGUUUAAAAGAGUUGCAUUCUUAUUAUGUAAGGAUGAUUUCAAAACUUUUUAACAUAUAAUUACUUCUUCCAUGUGGAGGUAUUCAAUACUGUAUUGUAAGGGAAUUUUAUGGACAACUCUUUAUAUGUAGUAUAGAAAAGUAACACAGGUCCUAAUAAGGGGGGAGGGGCACCCGCAGAUCAGGGCAUACAGCCAUUCCUGAACUGUGUGUCGGGUACAGACUGUCAGAUAAAUCUGACUGGACCAGUGUUGAUCUGUCAGUCUCGGAACACCAGGUAGACCAGCGGUUCUAACUUUCUUUGGCACCCUGGUGAGAUGCUCUAGAGUGUUUGCUGACAGGACCAGAAGGACCUAAAGGACCAGGCAGCUGUGGAAGGUGUUACUUGGACCAGAGGCUUUUGAUUGUCAUGUUCGUGACUGCACUUGCCUUUUCCAGUAGGAUGAUUUCAUUUAGGUAGAAAACAGAGGACUAAUGCAAGAGUUUUAUUUGCAUCAUAGCUACCAAUCCAUGGGAUGUGGGCGAAGGCAGUGGCCAGUCUUCAGUCUGGUACAUAGAUGGCAGUGCCAUAGGCACGGCUGUAACCAUCUCUGCACCACCCCAUUUUAAUCUUUGCCUUGAUAGUCCAUGUAGUUAACAGACAUACUGGCUAAGAGUCAUGAAGUAAGUCAUGUUCAGAUGAGAAUUUUAGGUUUACUGUAUGGUUUGUGGGGAUUAAAAAGAGGAAUGCACACAAAAGAAAAUCUUAGGAAAUUCAUUUUUGUUGAAAAUAAUAGUACAAUUGUCAUUUUAAUUGAAAUCUGGGACUCCUAUGGAAAGAUCCUCUGGUUACAAUGUCUGUUUCACUGAUCGGGGCUUUGAUUUUUCUAAGUUUUUAAAGCUAGCCAGAUUAUUUAAUGUGGAGCUAAUACUCAGUUCCUAAGUUGUGACAUAUAACAAAAAGAGAUCUUUUGCUGUUACCUCAAUUCUUAGCACAGUGGACAUCUGGUCUGGUCCCUCUGUAGUUAAGAAUCUGGGUUUCUCCCCUAUUUUCAGGGGCUUCUGAUUUGGCUGUUAGAUACACUGCUCCUGGUAGUACCUGGGGUAGUCAGUGAGUGGGUGAGUGUCAGAUGUUGUUCUUUAGCAUGCUUGUUGGGUGAGGGGAAAACAAAAUUAUCAUGGAGAGGACAGAAACAUUACUUAAGAAUUUAUCUUAAAACUUUUUUUUUUUUUAACUUCCCAAUUUGAACUUUGUUUGAAACUGCUGUUUGCAGUCUUAGUGAUAACCCAGUGUGGUCAGGCCUUCAGAAGGGGUGCAUGCCGGCAGGUGUGGCAAGCUCUCGUCCUGACGCAACAACCUUGGGGUCAGAGACUUGAAUUUAUUCCUUGAACUGAAUUUCCUUUAAAAUUCUUCAAAGAAUUCAAUUUGGCACCCUUGCAGUGUAUGCGGCUGGCUACCGUCCCUCUUAAGUACAGUCUUGUGAGAGUCACCUUCAUUACCAAGUAGUCUGUGACCAAGGAGUAGCCCUUCUGAGUUCCUCAGCUGGAGUCUCACAAGCCCGUAUAUUUAAUACCUCCAAAGACAGUUUCAGGAUCGGCUUUUUGUAUACUUUUAUUGGAUAUUUAGAGUCCUGUGGUAUGUUUGUGGUAUAGGAAUGUCAUGGUAAAUUGUUUUUCAAUAAAUGUUUUAAAACUUAA